AUGGCAAAAGAGGAGAAAAUACGUAUUUCUGGUUUUAUUGCUGUUUUUAUGAUUUUAGUCAUAGAGGUGUUUUGUGUUAUAACAGAAAGUGAUGGAAUUAAUGCACAUACAUACUGGAAGAAUAAAUCUGAGUUGAUUGAGAAAGCAAGCAUGAGAAGAAGAGGGUAUUACAACAGAUUGAAGAAAGAACUAUUACGCCAAGAAACAGAAUAUUUCUUCUGUAAAAUAGAAACAAACCUUAAAUUCAUAGAAUACAGAAUAGCUAAUAUAGAAGAAAUAGUUAAGGUAAUACAUAUAAAUAAUGAACAAAUAAAAGAGAUAACCAACAGAAGAGAUCAAGAUAUAGCAAUUGAUGAUCGAGUGACAGCAAUAGAGAUAUCUUUGAGUAUGAUUGAUAAAAAAACAGUCGAAUUAUUCUACAUAUUUGAAGAAAUUUCAUUCUGGAUAAGCACAAUUGAUACAGAUAUUCUGAAAAUAAUUGAAUUGUAUUACACUAAAGAAGAAAGAUUUGAUUCCAUUAAAAAUAGUCUUAUUUGGAAGCUUUCUGUGCUAAACAAACCUGUAGCUGUUGAAAUGACUGUUUUAUUGUUUUUAUCUAAAAUAGAAGGAAUGUCUGAUUUUAAAGGGGAUACAACUAAAAUAGUAAAGGAUAUAAGAGAAAUAGUACUUGUGUCAGAAUAUGCACCAGUAGUGGAAUAUUUAAAUAUAAUUAAUGCCCUAUUGAGUACAUAUAAUUAUGAUAUAAUAGCUGCUGGCAGUGUUGGACUGGAUUAUUUAGCAAAAACAUCUGUCUGGCAUGUAAAUAUAUCUGAGAAGGGAAUCUCUCUUGGUGAGGUAUAUGUCAAAAUAAUGAAAUUGUUUAGACGUGAAAUCAGUUGGGAAAGCAUUUCUUUAAUGGAUUUAACACCAAAGUCAAUUAUAAACUUAAUAGGAUUUGAGUAUUUUAUAUCCGGAGGUAUAAUAAACCCGAAAAGAAAUGAUUUCUUUAAGUCAUUAGAAUUUCUUAUGACAAACAUAGAAAAAGUCUCUUACGAUCCAAAACUUAAAUUACCUGUGUCUUUAGAAGGGAGUAGAAAUAUGUAUAUAGAUCUAUUUAAAUCAUUAUGGGAAGUUUCUGAAGAUGCAGUGCAUAAAAUAUCAGAUGUAUCACAUAAGUGUUCUAAUUUAGGCAUUGAUUUAUACUUAUUUAGAAUGCUUAGAAGAAAUUUCAUCUCUUGUAAGUGGAUGUACUCACUUGAUUUUAGUUCUAUUAAAAUAAAUAAGUCAAACCAGCUUAGUAAUACUUGGUCUGAGAUGAUUGACUUGUCAUAUUUACACCCCCUGUGGUACAUAUGCCUAGCAAGUAAAAUACAUAAAACCCCAUUGGAUACAGACAAGCUGCAUCCGCAGAAUUCAUUAAAAAGAAUUGUCAGUCUAUUGGAAGAAAAGGAAUUUAUAAUAUACCUAGGGCAGAUUUACAAAAAUGAUCCUUCUGGUUAUAUUCAAAUAAUGAAAUUAUGUAUUGGUAUAUGGUUCUCCACUAAUAUCAGAAUUGUAAUUGGAAAUUUAACAGAACCUCCAGAGGUAGACGUAUUACUAAAUGAAUUUAUUAAGUGCCUAUCUCCUGGAAGAAAUAUAUUUACGACUCUAUCUUAGAGCUGUUGUUUACCUUAUGAGAAUUUCCUUUAAUUAUGUAUAUUUGAAAUUACAUUGCUGCAUAUGGAUUAUAUAUGUAUGAAAGGUCUAUAAAAGAUGAUGCUUUUUCGAAGGUAUCAGCAAUCUCACUGAAAAUUGUUUUUACCUCUACCCAGAAGUCACUGAAUGUGUUCUUUGCUAUUUUAGCUACCAGAGCAACCGGAUCACACAUUAUACGACUGGCCAUAAAGUUAAUAGUGUCUAUGUCUUCAACAAUACUUGUAUCUCUGGCUGCUCUUCCUAUUGAAUAAUAUGUGUAUAUGAAAGAGACUGAGCCAAUCACUACUGCCAUGUAUACCAUAGCUAUGAAAAGAGUUCUUCUAAGUCUUGCUGCUUCUUCUUCGGAACUUAGCGCAUUCUUUUUCUUGUACGGAUUGUUAUCAAGAAGGCAUUCAGUAUACAGGAACAUAGCCCGGAUAAUAGAGAAUGCCACUAGGCCAGCUGCACACUCUCGUAAGUAUAAAUCAGAUAUUUUUUUCUUAAACCAAUUCACUGCAAACGAAUUUUCAUGCAUGUAAAUCACUAGUGCAAUUGUUAGUCCAUAAAAAACAGAGUAUACACUUGCUAUUCCAUAAAAUACCUUUGUACCACCAACCGUAUUUACGUUAAUUGACCAAAGAGCAUUUUUAAUAUUUUCUAUAAAAAUAAGAAAUCCUCUGGGAAGUGCUACUAUAGCAUACGCAAAAAUUAUAUAUGCAACAGACUGCAUCUGACUACCAGAAUUCCUUGAUGUAUGACAGACCUGUGC